GGCCUUAGAGAGGCCGCAGCAGCUUUUGCUUUAUAAAAAUCAGAGACUGAACGUCAAAACAGCACACACUCUUGACAGUGUGAAUUGCAGGUUAUUGUUUGGUCGUUUCACAUUCCCUCUUCAAAAUGACUUUCUCCCUUUCCCUCACCAUUCUGCUACCCCUUCUCUCUGUUUUUCUGCUACAUGCAAAUGCCUCUCCACUCCAUUACAAUCACCCCAUUCACCAUCGCCACCCUCGUUUUGCCACUCAUGACUACAGAGAUGCUCUCACCAAAUCCAUUCUCUUCUUUGAAGGCCAGAGGUCAGGGAAGCUCCCUCCUAACCAGAGAAUGUCUUGGAGGAGGGACUCUGGUCUUUCUGAUGGCGCCGCCCUGCGUGUUGAUUUGGUCGGCGGGUACUAUGAUGCUGGGGACAAUGUCAAAUUUGGCUUCCCCAUGGCCUUCACCACCACCAUGCUCUCAUGGAGCGUUAUUGAGUUUGGUGGGCUUAUGAAAGGUGAGUUGCAGAAUGCCAGAGUGGCCAUUCGCUGGGCCACUGAUUAUCUUCUCAAAGCUACUGCACAUCCCAACACCAUUUAUGUUCAGGUGGGGGAUGCUAAGAAGGACCAUUCUUGUUGGGAGAGACCAGAGGACAUGGACACUCCAAGAAGUGUGUUCAAAAUAGAUGCAAACACACCUGGUUCAGAAGUUGCCGCUGAAACUGCUGCAGCUCUUGCAGCUGCUUCUCUGGUUUUUAGAAGAACUGACCCCACAUACUCAAAAGUUUUAGCUAGAAGGGCCAUCAGGGUAUUCCAGUUUGCUGAUAAAUACAGAGGAUCCUACAGCAAUGCCUUGAAACCCUUUGUGUGCCCCUUCUAUUGCUCUUACUCUGGUUAUCAGGAUGAGCUGUUGUGGGGUGCUGCCUGGCUGCACAAGGCUACCAAGAAUCCAAUGUACCUAAACUACAUUAAAGUUAAUGGCCAGAUCCUUGGGGCUGCAGAGUUUGACAACACCUUUGGGUGGGAUAACAAGCAUGCCGGAGCAAGAAUACUUCUCUCCAAGGAAUUCCUGGUUCAAAGGGUACAAUCCCUCCAUGACUACAAGGGGCAUGCGGACAAUUUCGUUUGUUCUCUAAUUCCUGGGACCUCUUUCUCUUCCACCCAGUAUACACCAGGUGGGCUACUUUUUAAGAUGAGUGAUAGCAACAUGCAGUACGUCACAUCCACCUCCUUCCUGCUGUUAACAUAUGCGAAAUACUUGACCUCAGCUCAUACGGUUGUUAACUGUGGCGGAAUGGCAGUAACACCAAAGAGGCUCCGGUCAAUAGCUAAGAAACAGGUAGAUUACUUGCUUGGAGACAACCCCUUAAAGAUGUCGUACAUGGUGGGGUAUGGUGGAAGAUACCCAAGAAGGAUACACCACAGGGGUUCAUCUCUACCGUCCAUGGGUGUACACCCUGGAAAGAUCCAAUGUCGUGCAGGCUUUAGUGUGAUGAAUUCACAAUCCCCGAACCCAAACAUUCUAGUGGGGGCUAUUGUGGGUGGACCGGACCAACAUGAUAGGUUCCCAGAUGAACGGUCAGAUUAUGAGCAAUCAGAGCCAGCCACAUACAUAAACUCACCCCUUGUAGGAGCACUGGCGUAUCUAGCUCACUCGUUUGGUCAAAUCUAGACUCCAACUAAUUUGAGACAACCAGUAAGCCUUGUAAACUCGUUCACAAUGUAACCAUAUUGCUGCCACGCUUAUGUACGUGUAUGUAUGUAUGUUCUGUCUAGUGAUAGUGUGUUCAACU